AUGCCAUCAAAAACUCUUCUACUCAAUGCCCGUAUCUUCACUGGCCUUGGUGACUCUCCCGAACCUGCUGCCACCUGCAUUCUAGUUGACAACGGCUUGAUCGAGCACAUUGGUGGCUCUGAAGAUGCAGAAGUGCAACAUGCACGUCAGGUAGGUGUUCACGAACACGAUGUCGGUGGGCGAAUGAUUGUUCCCGGUUUCAUUGAUGGCCACAUGCACAUUCUACUUUUCGGGAGUUCAUUAACAGCCAUUGACAUCGAGCAUUGCAAGAAUCUAGAAGACAUCCGCAGCACUAUCAAGACCGGUGCUGCUGCUCAGCCCCAUGCUCUUCGACUUUUCGUGCAAGGAUGGAUGCAUUUUCAGACUGGAGGAAGGGCACUCGCCAGUGAUAUUGACGAUUUAGAUCCGAGACCUAUCUUCAUCAGCAGCAGAGACCUGCAUUCAGCAUGGUGCAAUACAGCUGCACUGACUGACAUGGAGCUUGAGGGCGUGCCCAAUCCACACGGUGGUGAGAUUUUACGUAACGAAAAUGGCAAAGCCACAGGUCUACUGUCUGAGGCAGCUGCAGUCUCAAUAGUUUGGCCACAUCUGUCCAAGGUUGUUGGCCGCGAAGAGAAGUUGUCCCAAAUUCGUGAGGCCAUAUUGGCGUACAAUACCGCUGGCUAUACUGGUAUGGUCGAGAUGGCAACCGACGAGGAGAUUUGGUCCCUACUGACAGAGCUGCGAAACAAAGAAGGACAGCUCAACAUUCGUAUUGCUGCUCAUUGGCUCAUUAAACCAUCCAAGAUACCCGCCGAAAACAUAGCUCAAGUCAACCGCGCGAUUGAGCUACAUAGUGACUACAAUCUUGAUACCAAUCCAGAUUUGCGCAUCGCAGGAAUCAAGGUCAUCGGCGAUGGCGUAGUUGAUGCCUGUACAGCUUCUCUUCUGGAACCAUACUGUACACCUUCCACCAAUGCGGAUCCGAUCUGGUCAUAUGAGCAACUGCUUCCCGUUGUCCAGCACGCCGACGCUGCCGGACUACAAUGUGCUUUACAUGCAAUAGGUGAUCGGACGGUCAAGGUUGCAGUGGACGUACUUUCCACGUUAGCGCCGUCAGCCAGUGAAAAUCGUCUACGAGAUCGACGGCACCGAAUCGAGCACCUCGAGCUGACAUCUCAAGAUGAUGCCCGUCGUCUCGGUGAACUAGGAAUUACAGCUUCAAUCCAACCUGUCCACGCUGACCCAAUCCUGAAUCGAGCUUGGCGCACGCUGCUCGGACCAGAGAGACACAAACGAGGAUUCGCCUACAAAGAAUUUGCAGACGGUGGUGCACACGUAGCGAUUGGUACUGACGCACCCACUGCGUUGCAUCUGCCAUUACGAAACCUAUACAUUGCUACCACGAGACGAUCAGCGCGCGAGGAAACGUCAGCAGAGACCAUGAACGAGGAAUUCAAGCUCAAAUUGGGUCAGGCACUGUCCGCAGCGUCUUUUGGGGCUGCAUAUAGCUGUUUCGCUGAUAAUAGUGUGGGCACAUUGGAGAAAGGCAAACUUGCCGACUUUGCGGUGGUAGACAUGAUAUGGGACGCAGACCAACUACUCAAAGGACGUGUAGAUGAGACCUGGCUGGGUGGUCAAUGUGUCUUUCGUAGAUUGUAG